CUGUGUACUCAGUAAACAGUAAACGACUCUUGACGUAUAUCGGCAAUGACAAGAUGUAGACCACAACACCUCAGUGACGAAUUUUAUUACGGGGACUUUCAAUCUUGUAAUGUUGUGAGAACAUUACGAAAAUGAUGGGAAAGAACUCAGUCAUUGACUGGAUUGCCGGUGCCUGUGGAGGGGCUGCUGCUCUUGUUGUUGGGCAUCCAUUGGACACAACGAAGGUGCAGCUGCAAACUCUAGAAGUGUCCCAAGGGAAACUACGGCUUCUUGAUGUCUUACGUAAGAUACGAAGAGAUGGCAUAUUUACUGGUUUCUUCAGAGGGUUGUCCAUGCCUCUGUACAACAACUCCAUCCAAUUCUCGAUAUAUUUUGGCGUUUAUAGCCAGGUAUUGAAAGAGAUAAUAAAAUGGCGAAAUACUUCAAAGUUGGCUUACACAGAUCACAUGGUUGCUGGUUAUGUCGGAGGGGUUUCGUCACUCAUCAUUCGGUGUCCGCUUGAUGUCAUUAAGUCGACGUUACAAACACAGGCCGGAAACAAACAGCGCGCCAAACAUGGCUCUCGGGUGUAUUACAAGGGAUCACUCUGCUGCCUGGAAGACGUCUACCAAAGCAAGGGUCUGCGCGGUCUUUACCGGGGCCUGGCCAUCAAUUUGAUCAUGCAAAUACCCACCAGUAUAACCUUCAUCCCGGCGUUCAUAUUCUUGCGGGAAAGAUUAUGUUCGUACUCUCUAUUUAGGCCGAAUGGAAUCGUCAUUGGAUGUCUUGCAGGCGGCAUUGCUGGAGCUGUCUUGUGGACCGCCAUUAUGCCAUGGGACGUCAUACGGACCAGGAUAGUAGCAGACAGCCUUGGCGUGAGAUACAAUGGAACUUUAGACUGUAUACGGAAGACCUACCGAGAAGAUGGCUUUAAAACGUUCUUUCGGGGGUUUUCACUGUCUGUAGUAAGAGGUUGUUUAAUGAAUGCAAUUAUGCUUUCAGUUUAUAUGAAAGUACUGAUAUUUUCGAAUGGAAUUUCGAACUUUGAUCACAUCUAUAGUGAUCGUUCUGAUGGACAUCGAUCAUGAUACGUGCGCACCUUCCUUUGUCAGUGGUAAUUGACCUGGUCUCGGUCAUCAAAAACACUGUGGAACACAGGAAACUGUGACCCGCUGUACGAUGAGGGUAUAUGAUUCCACCAGAGUCUUUCAAAUAAACGCAUUCAGUGGAAAUACCCUUAAGGAAUCAAAUCUGGUCAUACAAUAAAAAUUUUGCGACAACCUAACGCAUGCAGCAGUGCUUGUCGUUCCACAAUAAGGAUUCUGCUGCACCCAAACAAAGCACAAAUCGCAUGAGAUAUCGCGCCAAAUCUCAUUCAGUAGAAACCCGCACUGGAACCGCUGGGUUUGCUUUUUGAUAAUGCCCUUACCACUGGUCCUUUAAAACAAUGGUAGAUAUAUAUAAUAAAGGAGUAAAAA